AUGGCGUCCGGUGUGUCGUCUGCCACAACAAACCUAUUAAUUAAAGACAAUACGGUAAAGGUUAUACUUUCUGACAAUGUAAAACUGCUUGCUGCUGACGUUAUAAAAUUAGUUGAAGAUAAACUUGGUGACGAUAGCGUUCUUGCUAUUGUUCCUUGUAAUGGAUCAUAUGAUGUUACCGUCGUCAAUAAUAAAUUAGCUAGUGUUAUAGCACGAGAUGGUUUGCUCCAUGGCUCUGAAGGUCUUCAUUGUAAAUUGAUAGAUUCCAGAGUAAAAGUUGUGUCUUUCAUGCAUAUCCCUGUUUAUGUUUCCGACAAGGAUAUUGAAGUCAAAUUGAAAUCUUGGGGUGUGACCUCAUGUGGUCCUAUAAUCAGAAAAACUAAGGACUAUGAUG